UGCGCUUCCUCCUGCUGGUGGCAGGACAGGCCUUGUUGUGGACAGGGAUUUCUGUCAAGGCAAAAAUAAUUUAAGAACACCAAUGGAGACACCAUCAGAAACAUCAGGUGUUUCUGUUCCAAACACUGACUCUGCAGUCUUGCCUUCUGCUGGCUGUCGAGUCUGUGGUAAAAGAGCAGCUCGCGAUGCUGCCUUAGGAACUCUCCAAGAAGAAAAGACUUCCCCAGUUUCUGGUGGGGUCAAAAGACCGUGUCACGAUCUUUCUGAGAAGUGCUCUGCCAGAGCCAAGGACUUGUCAUCCUGCUCCUUUCUGAGAAACCUCUGGAAAGUUGUUGAAAGCAAUCGCUUCCAGUCCAUCUGGUGGGGCAAUGAUGGAGGCUUCAUAGUGACUGAGGAACCUUUCUUCACAGCGGAAGUACUGGCCAGGAGAUGGCCUCUCCUAAUUUUUGGUGUCGUCACCAUGAAAGGUUUUGUUCGUCUCCACCACCGCCACGGCUUCUACAUUACAGAGGGGGAUUUCCCAAAUUCUGCCUCAAGUGAUAAAUUCCUGGCAGAGGAAGCAGCAGUUUCUACUCCUAGCGAGUUACUCUGCUACUAUAACCCCUACUUCAAGGAUUAUCUCCGGUGGCAAAGAAGAUUCAAGCGAAUCUGGGACAAUUAUGCUGACAGUGAUACCAGUCAGUUUGUCAAAUGGAAUGACACUUUCUCCCCAUAUUCUGUUAGUCGUGGUCAUGGGGUUCUGUCAGAAACCUUUGCAUACAGUGCAUAG